GACUCCAUCAUAAUUGCUGUUAAUAAUUACAGUCGAGAUAAGCGUCACAAGUGGCAUUUAUUGAUGGCAGCACUGUCUGAGAUCCCAUUUGAUCUCCAAGUGCUGGAGCAGGAGGAAGGGAAGAGAGUCUGGAGGCAUUGAACUUGAGACAUAUUAGGAGACUAUCAGAUCUCAGAGACACAUAGAGAGGAAGCAGCGGUUCUCCAGGCAGCAGAGGCAAGAUGAUGCGACCAGGAGCUAAGCAGUACGUGGUGGCCAGGCCGCUGUAUUCAGAGGAGUCCUUCGCGGAGGAGCAUGAGAAGAUCUACAGACAGCGCAAAACAAUCCGGGACCAUGUCAUACAAUACUUCACAUGUGACACCAAACGAGCCAAGAAUGCAGCUCUCUCCCUUCUACCCAUCAUUGGCUGGUUGAAAAGCUACCAAAUCAAAGAGUGGCUGCUCAGUGACAUUGUGUCGGGUGUGAGCACUGGACUGGUGGCGGUCCUGCAAGGUCUGGCCUACUGUUUGCUGGCCUCUCUGCCACCCUGGUACGGACUCUUCUCCGCCUUCUUCCCCGUUAUUAUCUACUUUUUCCUCGGCACAUCCAGACACAUCUCAGUGGGUCCAUUUCCCGUCUUGUGUCUGAUGAUUGGCUCGGUGGUCACAAGGCUGGUCCCAGACGAAGGGCCAGCGGCCUUCAACACCUCUAAGUUUGAAGGCCUGACGCAAGACGAGCAGAGAGUGCUGGUGGCCUCCUCUGUGACACUCCUCGUCGGCAUAAUGCAGCUAGCGAUGGGUUUACUACAGGUGGGCUUCGUUGUCAUGUACCUGUCCGACACUCUGGUGUCCGGCUUCUCCACUGCUGCUGCCAUCCACAUCCUGGUAUCCCAGCUCAAGUUUGUUUUAGGGCUACAAGUCCCGGGCAUCAGCGGGCCAUUUUCCAUCCUAUAUACCCUGGAGAUCAUCUUCAACAAGAUCACCUCCACCAAUGUGUGUGACGUGGUGAUCUCCCUGGUGAUCAUUGUGGUGGUGUUCAUCGUUAAGGAGCUGAACGACAGAUUCAAAUCCAAGCUGCCUGUACCCAUCCCCAUAGAGGUUAUCAUGACUGUUAUAGCAUGUGGGGUUUCGUAUGGGUUCGACUUCAAGACGAGAUACGGCGUUGACACUGUUGGAUUUAUUCCAAAAGGCUAUGAGCCUCCAAUUGCUCCAAACAUGGACAUCAUCCAAGAGACAGCAAUGGAAGCAUUCCCCAUGGCCAUAGUCGGGUUUGCCGUGGCCUUCUCCGUGGCAAAGGUUUAUUCUAUAAAGCACGACUACACCAUAGACGGAAACCAGGAGCUGAUAGCCUUCGGAGUGAGCAACAUCUUCGGGGCGUCAUUCAGGUCUUUUGCAGUGAGCACAGCUCUUUCCAGGAGUGCAGUGCAGGAAAGCACCGGGGGUAAAACUCAGGUGGCUGGUUUGCUUUCAGCUAUCAUAGUGAUGAUCGUCACUGUGGCUAUUGGAUUCCUGCUGGACCCACUACCAAAGUCUGUACUGGGCGCUGUGGUUGUCGUCAACCUGAAGGGCAUGCUGAUGCAGUUCAGAGAAGUUCCAUACCUGUGGAAGAAGGACAAACCAGACUGUAUGGUGUGGUUGGCUACCUGCACUGCAGCCAUCUUCCUGGGGCUGGAUCUUGGAUUGGCUGUAGGCCUUGGUGCGGAGCUCAUCAGUGUCAUCCUCAGGGUGCAGUUCCCUCGCUGCAGUGUGCUGGCCAACAUUGCAGGAACUGAUAUCUACAAAGACCGAAAGGACUAUAUCAGUAUAUAUGAGCCAGAGGGAGUGAAGAUCUUCAGGAUCCCUUCACCAAUCUUCUUUGCCAACAUUGAUUUCUUCAGAAACAAGCUGGUGGAAGCUGUUGGCUUCAGUCCACUGAGAGUGCUGAGGAAGAGGAAUAAGGCACUGAGGACGAUCCGGAAACUUCUGAAGAAGGGUGACCUGCAAUGGACAUCAAGAGGGUUCGUUAAUACCUCAUGCAAAUCAGCCAUCAUGGAAUCGGAUGAUGGAAACGACAUGGAAGAGCUGGACAGGCCGAAUGACUUCAAAGACCUCCCCGUCCGGAUCGACUGGAACGCCGAGCUUCCCGCCAACAUUGUUGUUCCCAGAGUGGAGCUCCACAGCCUGAUCCUGGACUUUGCCGCUGUCUCCUUCCUGGACAUCUCUGCUCUGAAGGGACUCAAAACAAUGCUGCAAGAGCUGAUCCGGGUUGAAAUUGAUAUUUACAUUGUGGCCUGUGAUCCUUACAUCCUGGAGAAACUCCACGACUGCAGCUUCUUCGACGACGAAGUUCAGCCAUCGAUAUUCUUCCUGACGCUGCACGACGCCAUGCUGCACAUCCUAGAGAGCCAUCCAGAGGCCAAUAAAGCGCACAAUGAAAAGAUAUUAACAACAGUCACGGUUCACUACCCCGGAGGCAACAUGAGGAGUCGGGAUAAAAGCGCUCCGGAUCAAACCAAAUUCUAACCUCAGAGGGAGACGACGAUGAUAUCUGGGAGAAGACACCAAAAGACCAAAGACAAAAAAAAGUGUAAAUAUUUUGCAGAUGAUGCUGUAUUGUGACUUGCGUGAGAAAUGAUGAUAUACCACUUUUUAAUUUGGGUUUACAAAUGCAGUGUUAACUGUAAUGUAAGAAACGCUUCAUACUGUUUUUUAUACUGUACAUAGUGAGUUUGUGGACGAUUACGGUGUAUUAUAUUUGACAUGUUUAAAUGUUCAUGAAAAUGGAAAUAAAAAUGCAUUUUACUCCA